GGGGUACUGGCACAGCGUGGACAGAUUACACGAACCUAACUCACCUCUUCAGGAAGAGCACCUGCUGAGAUGGCACCAGUUCUUCACUUUUAUGUUCGUCCCUCUGGCCAUGAGGGAGCAGUCUCUGGACAUAUUCUACGGAAACUACAAGGGAAACUACCAGAGCUGCAGAGUGUCGAGACAGAGCUGUGCUACAAUGUGGACUGGACAGCUGAGGCCCUCCCAAGUGCUGAGGAGAUGAAGAAGCUGAUGUGGCUGUUUGGCUGCCCCUUGUUGCUGGAUGAUGUUGCUCAGGAGUCCUGGCUCCUUCCUAGCCCCAAUGAUCUGCUGUUGGAGGUCGGGCCCAGGCUGAACUUCUCCACCCCAGCAUCCACCAACAUCGUUUCUGUGUGCUGGGCCUCCGGGCUGGGAGCUGUGAAUCGUGUGGAGACUACCCGGCGCUACCGGCUUUCGUUUGCCGACCACCCUUUGUCUACAAUGGAGGCCAUUGCUCUAGCUGCCCUGCAUGACCGAAUGACAGAGCAGCACUUCCCCCAUCCUAUCCAGAGCUUCUCUCCUGAAAGCAUUCCAGCCUCCCUCAAUGGCCCUAUCAACAUACUGGCUGAGGGUCGGCCUGCUUUAGAGAAGGCCAACCAGGAGCUAGGUCUGGCUCUAGACUCCUGGGACCUGGAUUUCUACACUAAGCGCUUCCAGGAGCUACAGCGGAACCCCAGCACUGUGGAGGCCUUUGACUUAGCUCAGUCCAAUAGCGAGCACAGCCGACAUUGGUUCUUCAAGGGCCAGCUCCACGUAGAUGGGAAUAAGCGACCACAUUCCCUGUUUGAGUCCAUCAUGAGCACCCAGGCAUCCUCGAAUCCCAAUAAUGUCCUCAAGUUCUGUGACAAUAGCAGUGCAAUCCAGGGGAAGGAAGUCCAAUUCCUACAACCUGAGGACCCUACACAGCCAAGCUGCUUCCGGCAACAACAGAGACUGAGACAUGUUGUUUUCACAGCAGAGACACACAACUUCCCCACAGGAGUGGCCCCCUUCAGUGGUGCAACCACGGGCACAGGGGGCCGGAUCCGAGAUGUCCAAUGCACAGGUCGCGGGGCCCAUGUGGUGGCUGGCACCGCUGGUUAUUGCUUCGGAAACCUGCACAUCCCAGGUUAUAAUCUGCCCUGGGAAGAUCCAAGCUUCCAGUACCCUGGGAACUUUGCCCGGCCCCUGGAAGUUGCCAUUGAGGCCAGUAAUGGGGCUUCUGACUAUGGCAAUAAGUUUGGGGAACCAGUGCUAGCUGGCUUUGCCCGCUCCUUGGGCCUCCAGCUCCCAGAUGGUCAGCGGCGUGAGUGGAUCAAGCCCAUCAUGUUUAGUGGGGGCAUUGGGUCAAUGGAAGCUCAGCAUAUAGGCAAGGAGCCCCCUGAGCCAGGUAUGGAGGUUGUAAAGGUUGGGGGUCCUGUCUACAGAAUUGGAGUUGGGGGUGGAGCUGCUUCAUCUGUGCAGGUGCAGGGAGACAACACCAGUGAACUGGACUUUGGGGCUGUGCAGCGGGGAGACCCAGAGAUGGAACAGAAGAUGAACCGUGUGAUUCGAGCUUGUGUGGAGGCCCCUGGGGGAAACCCCAUCUGUAGCCUCCAUGAUCAAGGCGCUGGUGGCAAUGGCAACGUCCUGAAGGAGUUGAGUGACCCAGCGGGAGCUGUCAUUUAUACCAGCCGUUUUCAGCUGGGUGAUCCAACCCUGAAUGCCCUGGAAAUAUGGGGGGCUGAGUACCAGGAGUCAAAUGCACUUCUGCUGAGGCCCCCACACCGAGACUUCCUGAGUCGUGUCAGUGCCCGGGAACGCUGCCCAGCUUGCUUUGUGGGCACCAUCACUGGAGACAAGAGGAUAGUGCUGGUAGAUGAUCGUGAGUGUCCUGUGGGAAGAAAUGACCAGGGGGAUGCUCUCUCAACCCCUGUGGACCUGGAGCUCGACUGGGUGCUGGGCAAGAUGCCUCAAAAGGAGUUCUUCCUCCAGAGGGAGUCUCCUGUGCUGCAGCCUCUGGCCUUGCCCCCUGGUCUGAGCGUACGCCAAGCACUUGAACGGGUUCUGAGGCUGCCUGCUGUGGCCAGCAAGCGCUACCUCACCAAUAAGGUGGACCGUUCCGUGGGUGGCCUCGUGGCCCAACAGCAGUGUGUAGGGCCCCUGCAGACUCCACUGGCUGAUGUGGCUGUUGUGGCAUUGAGUCACCAGGAGCUCGUUGGGGCUGCCACAGCCCUGGGAGAGCAGCCAGUCAAGAGCCUGUUGGACUCUAAGGCUGCUGCCCGGCUGGCUGUGGCUGAAGCCCUCACCAACCUGGUGUUUGCUUUGGUCACCGAUCUCCGGGAUGUGAAGUGCAGUGGGAACUGGAUGUGGGCAGCCAAGCUCCCAGGCGAGGGUGCAGCUCUGGCUGAUGCCUGUGAUGCUAUGGUGGAAGUGAUGGCUGCCCUGGGUGUGGCAGUGGAUGGUGGCAAGGACUCCCUCAGCAUGGCUGCCCGGGUUGGCACUGAGACCGUUCGGGCUCCUGGGUCACUGGUCAUCUCAGCCUAUGCUGUUUGUCCAGACAUCACAGCCACUGUGACCCCAGACCUCAAGCAUCCUGGAGGAAAAGGUCAUCUGCUCUAUGUGCCUCUCAGCCCUGGGCAGCACCGCCUGGGGGGCACAGCCCUGGCCCAGUGCUUCUCCCAACUUGGGGAGCAGCCUCCCAAUCUGGACCUUCCUGAGAACCUGGUGCGUGCCUUCAGCAUCACCCAGGGGCUGCUGAAAGACCGCUGUCUCUGCUCAGGCCAUGAUGUCAGUGAUGGAGGCCUUGUCACCUGCCUACUAGAGAUGGCCUUUGCUGGGAAUUGUGGUAUAGAGGUGGAUGUGUCUGCCCCAGGGGCUGAUGUGCUGCCAGUGCUGUUUGCCGAGGAGCCAGGCCUUGUGCUGGAAGUACAGGAGCCAGACCUGGCUGGAGUGCUGCAGCGGUACCGGUAUGCUGGCCUGCACUGCCUGGAGCUGGGCCGCACAGGCGAGACUGGACCCCAUGCCAUGAUCCGGGUGUCAGUAAAUGGGGCAGUGGUUGUGGAGGAGACAGUCGCAGAGCUACGAGCCCUUUGGGAGGAGACGAGUUUCCAGCUGGAUCGACUGCAGGCAGAGCCUCGUUGUGUGGCAGAGGAGGAGCGGGGCCUGAGGGAGCGGAUCAGGCCCAGCUACCACCUGCCCGCUACCUUUCCCACCACCUCUGUGCCUAGGGAGCCAGGUGGUCCCACCCCCCGAAUUGCAGUCUUGCGAGAAGAAGGCAGUAAUGGAGACCGGGAGAUGGUUGACGCCUUCCACUUGGCUGGGUUUGAGGUGUGGGAUGUGACCAUGCAGGACCUCUGCUCUGGGGCCAUUGGGCUGGACACAUUCAUCGGUGUGGCUUUUGUGGGUGGCUUUAGCUACGCAGACGUCCUGGGCUCUGCCAAAGGGUGGGCAGCUGCUGUGACCUUUAAUCCACAGGCCAGGACUGAGCUGAGGCGCUUCAAAAGGCGACCAGAUACCUUCAGCCUAGGCGUGUGUAAUGGCUGUCAACUGCUGGCUCUGCUAGGCUGGGUGGGAGGUGACCCCAGUGAAGAGGCAGAGGAAUGGGGCCAUGACUCCUGGCCAGCUCAGCCUGGUCUCUUGCUGCGGCACAACCUGUCUGGGCGUUUUGAGUCUCGGUGGGCCAGUGUGCGUGUGGGGCCCAGUCCAGCUUUGAUGCUGCAAGGGAUGGAGGGCGCUGUGCUGCCUGUGUGGAGUGCCCAUGGAGAAGGUUACAUGGCAUUUUCUUCUCUGGAACUUCAAGCCCAGAUUGAGGCCAGGGGCAUGGCUCCCCUGCAUUGGGCAGAUGAUGAUGGGAACCCCACAGAGCAGUACCCCAUGAAUCCCAAUGGAUCACCAGGGGGUGUAGCUGGUGUCUGCUCCCGUGAUGGCCGCCACCUGGCUCUCAUGCCGCACCCUGAGCGAGCUGUGAGACCUUGGCAGUGGGCGUGGCGACCUCCUCCAUUCAACACUCUCACCACCUCCCCCUGGCUGCAGCUCUUCAUCAAUGCCCGGGACUGGACCAGGAAGGAACACUGCUAAACAGGCUUUGAGGUGACCCUAGCCCAUAGCUUGUCCUCCAAGUGUCUACUGCCCUCUCUUCCAUUGCCUUUAGGAGUGGCCCACAUAAUUAAAAGCAUCUUGGACAGACAAGGAGCAAAAUGCCAAAAACAGUUUUGUUGCUUUGCUCAUCUGCCCAUUUUAGCCUUGCACAACUGGAACUGUUCUCAGUUCUUCUGUCCUAACAUGGUUUGCUUUCUUUGUGUCCAGGAAACAGCCUGUUGCUUGGAGAAAAAAGCUGAUCAGGCAAAGUUGGUGGGGGUUGGUUCUUGACCCCACUUUAUUUCCCCAGUGAUUACCACUUUGUGCUUCAUUUUUCCUCAUCUGGGCUCUGAGGGAUGUUUUAGGUCCUCCUUCCCUCUUUUUUUGUUUUGUUUUUGAGGUAUGUCCCACUAUAGAUCCCAGACUGGCCUCAAAUUCUCAAUUCUCCUACUUUAGUUUCCCAAGUGCUGGGAUUAUAGAUAUUCACUCACUCAGCAUUAUGUCCCUCUUUCUCAAUGGGAUUUCAGGUCUGGGGACAGCAUGUGUAAGUCAGCCCUUCCUGACCUCACUGUUCUCAUCUAAAAACAGAAAAGCUUUUUAACUUGCUUUUCAAAUGUGCUGUGGUAGGUAUGAGGCACUGUUUCUCUCAGAAGCUUCUCUGACAGGAUCUCAGGCUGUGUCUCUCGGCUGGCCUGGAUCCAAAUAUUCCUAAUACUGUUUCUCCUAUCUUUGCACCUGCCUUGCUGCUAGCUGGCAGCCUCCUCUCUAGGACUGACCUGAGCUUAUUGGGGUAUUGCCUCUUUAUUCAUUCCAUUAAUGUUUUUUGAUUAGUGUGUUGUCAAGCAGUGGCACUGCCUGUGUGGAGUUUAUGUUCUAAUAAAAUUUAAGAUGAUAGCUGAAUGUAAUACCACCAAGCCAAGCAGGUGCUGGGCAUUUUACAUGUAUGUGAAUUAACACACAUAUUCAGAAAGGUGCUUGAUAGCUCUCUCCUCUCCCUUUUUUAACAAAGGAAGGAUUAAGGUCAACCGAAUUGCUUGGGGUCAGAUAACUUGUAAGGGACAGCCAAGGGCUGUGCUCACAAGGCUACAUCUGCUUUCCACCAUCCUGUGGUCACACUUCCUGGAAGCAGCUGUUCUUGCUAGCAGCUGUCUUCCAUCUUCCCUUGCUUCCUUUGCUUACACAGAUUGUGUAGAGGUCACUUCCUCAUGACUUUUGUAUUGUACAACUGGAGUCAGUUGGCCCCCUUCAAAGUUGCACAUGUUGAUUAAAGAAGUUCCCCUGAAAAUGAAACCUAGAAUCUUAAAUCUCUGGGGGCAUCAGGGUCUGGGGGUGAGGAUGGAGCACCCUGAGAAUAGAUGGAUAAUGAAAGGUUAAAAGCUGUAGCUGUGGGACUGACGUAUGUCUCAGAGCUCUUGUCUGCCAUGCAUGAAGCCCUGGGUUCCAUCCCAAG